AAUAUGUGUCUGCUAAUGAAUAUAUCUGAAUCAGUAUUGACUAAUGGAAAAGAACAAAUGUCUUCAAUUGCCCGCAAAGUAAUGCCAGAUCUAGAUUUUCCAGAGGCUGAAAAAGCGAUGCUGGCCACGACAAAAGUUCUUAUAGUGAGACAUCCAUUUGAAAGAUUGUUGAGCGCUUAUCGUGAUAAACUUGAGAACUCUGUAGCCCGAAGGGAUCACGGUACUCUUUAUUUUUAUCGCAAAUAUGGGCGCACUAUUGUCGACAAAUAUCGAGACAAAACUUUUACCCCGCCACCAAAGGAUCAAUUUAUUUCAAACGAUAACGAGCCAAAACCUGCGGGCAUUGAACCAACGUGGAAAGAAUUCGUAAAUUAUUUAAUAGAUACCGAUCUAGAAAUCUAUUCCGACGACCAUUGGAUCCCUUACUACCUGUACUGCACUCCCUGUUCGCUCAACUACACCUAUAUCUUAAAAGUGGAGACUUUAGAUUUAGACCAGUCAUUAAUAAUUGAAAAAUUGAAUCUAAAAAAUAAAAUCCAUCCGAUUCAUCGUCAUAAAGGAUCCCAAGAUAAAUUAAACCCAUCUAAAAUUUAUUUCCGUCAGUUGACACAACAACAAAUAUCCGAACUUUACAAUAAGUACAAACUUGACUUUGAAAUGUUUGAUUACUCCGCUGAGAUUUAUUAUUCAUACGCUUCAGACUUUUUCCAAUAUACCGACUACUAG